GGAUUUUUACGAGCCAUGGCCAGCCUAGUAGUACAGUACCGCGCACAUCUCGAACGCCCCAGAUCUCUUGUAGAUUUCGACACGCACGAAAAAAGAUUUGGGAUGCGCCACCGGUCCCACCCCAACGCAUCCAUCCCCUGCCGCGGCUGCUCUCCUCUUUCGUCUUCCCCACCGGCGCCCGCCGCGCCCUUCUCCCCCUCGCUUCGCCGGUCGCCACCACCUCCAGAUUCUGGGGUGAUGGCUUCUCACGAAUUAAGCUCUCUACUCACUACAGGUUUCCUCACCCAUGUUCUAGGUGCUGGGCACUUUUUGCUUCAGAAGAUGUCUCGGGCGCUGCACAGUCCCUGCUUUAUGGCUCCGCUGUUGUGGGUCGCGUCGCUACUGGUUGUCGUCUCACCGGGCGAUGCGUUCUACUUGCCUGGCAGCUACAUGCACACAUACUCCCAAGGCGAGUUGAUAUUCGCCAAGGUCAACUCUCUCACGUCCAUCGAGACGGAGAUGCCUUUCAACUACUACAGCCUGCCCUACUGCCGUCCCCAGGGGGGCAUCAAGAAGAGUGCUGAGAAUCUGGGUGAGCUUCUGAUGGGUGACCAGAUUGACAACUCGCCCUACCGGUUCCGUGUGAAUGUUAAUGAGUCUGUCUUCCUCUGCACCACAAAAGGGCUUAAUGAGAAUGAUGCGAAGCUCCUUAAGCAGCGGACCCGCGAUCUUUACCAGGUUAACAUGAUGCUGGACAAUCUGCCCGUCAUGCGUUUCACUGAGCAGAAUGGUGUCAUGGUACAGUGGACUGGCUUUCCUGUUGGUUACUCUCCUGCCGGUAUCUCGGAUGAUUAUAUCAUCAACCAUUUGAAGUUUAAGGUCUUGGUCCAUGAGUACAAGGGCGGAAAAGUGGAAAUCAUUGGCACUGGAGAAGAAGGAUCUGCUGUCAUCUCAGAGACAGACAAGAAUGGGAUGUCUGGGUAUCAGAUUGUUGGAUUUCAGGUUGUGCCUUGCAGUGUGAAGCGUAAUGCUGAGGAUUUCAAUAAGCUUAAUAUGUACGACAACAUUGACCCGGUGGACUGCCCUGUGGAGCUUAAGAAGUCUCAAGUGAUCAGGCAACAGGAGAGAAUUACAUUCACUUAUGAUGUUGAGUUUGUCAAGAGCGACAUCAGGUGGCCAUCUAGGUGGGAUGCCUAUCUGAAGAUGGAGGCUGGCGCCAAGGUCCACUGGUUCUCUAUAAUGAACUCCCUCAUGGUGAUCUUGUUCUUGGCUGGAAUUGUCUUUGUUAUAUUCCUCAGAACUGUCAGGAGGGACCUGACUAGGUAUGAAGAGCUCGACAAGGAAGCGCAAGCUCAGAUGAAUGAGGAACUAUCUGGUUGGAAGCUUGUUGUUGGAGAUGUAUUCAGAGAGCCAACUUGUGCCAAGCUGUUAUGCAUAAUGAUUGGUGAUGGGGUUCAGAUUUUGGGCAUGGCAGUCGUAACUAUCGUUUUUGCCACACUUGGGUUCAUGUCUCCAGCCUCAAGAGGAAUGCUUCUUACUGGGAUGAUUGUUCUAUAUCUUUUCCUUGGCAUCGCAAGUGGGUAUGUCAGUGUUCGGUUUUGGCGGACUAUUAAGGGCACAUCUGAAGGUUGGAGAUCAGUGUCUUGGUUGACUGCCUGCUUUUUCCCUGGUGUCAUGUUUACGGUCCUUACUGUCCUAAACUUUGUGUUGUGGAAAAGCGAGAGCACGGGGGCUUUACCUAUCUCACUAUUUUUCACCCUCCUGGCUCUAUGGUUCUGCGUUUCUGUGCCAUUAACCCUUCUUGGUGGGUUUCUUGGUACAAGAGCGGAGAAAAUUGAAUUCCCUGUUCGGACCAAUCAGAUCCCCAGGGAGAUCCCUGCACGGAAGUAUCCAUCGUGGCUUCUUGUCCUUGGUGCAGGAACGCUGCCAUUUGGGACCCUGUUUAUUGAGCUCUUCUUCAUUCUAUCGAGCAUCUGGCUUGGACGGUUCUACUAUGUCUUUGGUUUCCUGCUGAUUGUCCUGCUGCUGCUUGUUGCUGUCUGUGCUGAGGUGUCUGUUGUACUAACGUACAUGAAUCUCUGCGUGGAGGACUGGAGGUGGUGGUGGAAGGCUUUCUUCGCAUCUGGUUCUGUUGCUCUCUACGUGUUCCUCUACUCCAUCAACUACUUGGUCUUUGACCUCAGAAGCCUGAGCGGACCUGUCUCUGCAAUGCUUUAUGUUGGCUACUCAUUCCUCAUGGCAUUUGCAAUCAUGCUGGCAACCGGAACCAUUGGCUUCUUGACGUCAUUCGCCUUCGUGCACUACCUCUUCUCAUCCGUAAAGAUUGAUUGAUGCAUUCCAAGGUCUUCAGACAGAUUCGUUCACAGCUGUGCGUACCUGAGAUGCGUAGUUUGCGAGCUGAGGUGAUUUUGGGUAACUAGAGACGUGUUUAGUUCCAAGUUGGAGUGCUGUAUCUGUUUCCAGUUCCAAUUGCUCUGAGUUGUAAGUGCUCCAUUUGAUCUAGAUACUACAGCCUGGCUUUGUCAGGGUUUAGUAACAACGAUAGUAGCUUUACUACUGUGUGUGUUGAGCAAAUUGUAAUGGAGUGAAAAUGACAUGCUUGCUACAGGCUGUAGUCAGUUAGUGAAAAUUGCUUAGUAUUUCUAUCUUUCUUCAGACUGACAUGACCACUUAAUGCUAAAUUGCUAUCUUUGCUACACUGGAUCAUCCGUUGUAAUCCCA